AUGGAAAAUUCACAUGUGCUUGAAAACUUCACAACAAAAGAAAGAAGUACAAACUUCUCAAAAGCAGAAGUUGAUAAACUACAAUCACUUGUAGGAAAAUAUAAACAUAUACUCUUAUGUAAAAAAACUGAUGGGACCAGCUCUAAACAAAAAGAGAACGUUUGGAAUAAUAUUUCCAAAGAAUUUAAUGCAGUUGGUGAAACACCGCGCAGUGUAAAACAAUUAAAAUAUAAAUUUGAUAACUUAAAAAGGGCAAUUAAAAAGGAAGCUAGCAGCAAGCGUCAGAGUAUGUUAAAAACUGGUGGUGGCCGCCUGACCCCCUCAUUACCCCCUUCACAAGAUGAUGAAGAAACUACUGAUUGGUUAAAGUCAAUUAUGUCAACAUCUAUUGAUGGAAAUGAUGCUAUUUAUGAUGAUGAUGUAAUCAAGCCCCAUGAAGACGAAAAUAUCAAACUGGAUAUUAUAACAAUUAAAAAUUCUAAUACUCCCAUUGCAAAGGUUGCUGAAAGUAAGACAGCAGAACCAGCUGGAAUUGACGCAGAAAUUGUUUUUGACACCAGCACACCCCAUUCAUCAUUGAAGAGACCAAUGUCUUCACCGCUAAAAUGCAGGGCAAAAAGGAGGAGGGAAGUAGUAAGCUGCAACUUAAUUAAAAAAGCUCUACAAGAAAAAAAAUUGAAUGUUUUAGACGAGCUACAUGACAUGGAGCUCCAAAAAAUAAAACAGACUAUUGAGCAACAAAAAGAAUUACAUGAGCAAAAACUUAGACAUAAUGAAGAAAAACAUAAGUUAGAAAUAAUUAAAUUACAGUUAGAGAUAGAUUUACUAAAUAAUAAAUAAUUCAAAUUAA